AUGUCGUUACGUGGAGCAGUGGAUGCAUCACAGACUGUUGUGACAAAUGCACCACCCCUGACAUUCGAUCCGAGAAACUUGGAAAUCAAAACGAAAUCCGUUGAACAAACACUUGUACCGCUUGUAUCGCAGAUCACCACGCUAGUAAAUUUCAAAGAGGGAUGCAUUUCGAGUGGGAAGCGACGUUCAGAUCGAGCAUUGAGGGCAGCGCUUAAGAUCGGAUCUGCGGUUGAAGCUGCAAUUGAGCGCUUUGUGGCCGUUGGUGAGACGAUUGCCGAUGAAAAUGCCGAUAUUCAGCCGGAAAUGUAUGAUGCAUGUCAUGAAGCUCGUCUUGCUGGUGCGUCAAUAGCAAAUUUGAAUGGAUGUUUGAUUGAUGAAUCGGGGAGUGCUAUUGAUAAAACAGUGUUAGUGCGUGCUGCAAGACAAUUGCUUUCAUCUGUAACUCGUGUUCUGUUGCUUGCCGAUCGUGUUCUUGUUAGACACAUAUUAAGAGCUGAAGAUAAGAUUGCAUAUUCACUUACGAAAUUGGAGAACACAACAAAUUUCACGGAGUUUGUUAAGAUUUUCACAGAAUUUGGCGGUGAAAUGGUCGAUUUGGCUCAUCGAUCGGGCGAUCGGCAAAACGAUCUGAAAAGUGACAAACGUCGAACACAAAUGAUCGUUGCGAGGACAUCGCUGGAACGUUUAACGAUGUUACUGCUCACAUCCAACAAAACACUUCUACGACACCCGGACAGCGAGAGUGCACGUCAGUGUCGUGAUGGUGUUUUUCAUCAGAUGCGAUUAUCUCUUCAACUGAUUGGUUUAUGUGUCACUGAUGGUAUAAUACCAUUCGAUGCAACGCAUUAUGCAUCACCAUCUACCGAUGAAAUCCUUGAUAUUGGCAUGCAGUUAACUGCAAACGCUGCUAUUAAGCAACUCAUGGAGAUGUUAGAAAUGGUUCGAAUGACUUGUAGCGUCGGAACAGGUGUGAGGGAGCGCUUAAUAUCGGCAUUGGAUUCACUUUGUGAAAUGACUCAGGAUUUCACAGAUUCCGCAUACACUCCACAUCAUCAUCGUGAACAAAUCUUAGAUUUUUUGGAAGAAUGUCGUUUCGAGAUGACUAAUCUUAUACAACCUGAGGAUCUCAGGAAGCAACUUCAGGUUGUUGCAAUGGAACAGAUGUCUGAAAUUCUUCGUGCAAAUGAGGAUCAGUUAAUUCUUUCAUCAAUAAAAGCGUGUUCAGUGUCCGGCGAUAUCGAUGGUGUUGAAAAGUAUCUUGAUAAGUUUCGUGAGCAUGGUGAGCAUGUUCAAGAGGUUUGUCGUCUAUUACAUCAUGUAUCGUUGACGGAUGCUUUGCAUGUGUCAACAGGACACGCUGAACGAAAUCUGCGAUCGCUUGCGCCAUUGACAUUAUUGGCUGGUCGUACAUUAUGCGUUCAUCCAUCGUCACGUAUUGCUCGCGAGAAUGUUGAAGUGUUCUGUGAUACUUGGGCGCAGUGUGUCAACGAUGUAUCGCGAUUGGCUAAACAAACUGAUGCGGCAGCUAGUGGACGACUGGCUGCUGAAAAACAUGCCUAUAUGUCAUUACCGAGACCUGGGAAGCAUGGCACCACUCAGAAACCAACCAAGCCGAUCACUUUAGAUGUAGAGGACCAACAAAAAAUGGCAAAAGUUGGAUUGGAAAUGAAAUUACUAACGUCCGAAGUGGAUGCAGAAGCGGAGAAGUGGGAUGAAUAUGCGGAAAACGAUAUCGUUAAACGAGCUAAAGCAAUGUCAUCAAUGGCUUAUAAUAUGUACCUAUUCACGAGAGGUGAUGGUCCUCUCAAGACCACCCAUGAUCUCUUUACUCAGGCCGAAUUUUUUGCUGAACAAGCUAACAAAAUGUAUAAAACUGUUCGCGAAUUUUCUUACGAGGUUCCUGGAAGUGCUGAAAAGAGCGAUCUUUCAGCUAUCCUUGAACAAAUUCCAAUCCAUUGUCAACAACUUCAAGUGCUCGUUAAAAGUCCGACAGUUGGCAAAUCAGCUACAUUUUCAAAGGUGGAUUCGGUGAUUCAAGAAACAAAGAAUCUAAUGAAUGAAAUCGCAAAGUUGGUCACUGCAUGUUUUGUUUGUGCAACGAAGUUCGAAAUCGAAUUCCGAGGCUCAUCUCUGUCAAGACAGGCACUUGCUGAUGGCAGUGAAUACAUGCAACGAAGCAGUCGAGAGUCAACGCUGUGGCGGCGCACGCCAUCAAUAAGACGAACUGCACCUGCAUCUACAACACAGCACAAUGAGAUUUGA